CGCCAUAUUUGAUUAGUUCCUAAUGAGAUACGCCGAAGCGUUACCCAAGAAAUUAAGGAAAUUGGCGUUAAAUAACUUUUAAUUCACAUAACGUGUUUACCAAAAUGUCGGGUGGAAGCAGCAGCAAUAGAAAUGAAUGUAGAAUAUACGUCGGAAAUCUGCCCCCAGACAUAAGGACAAAGGAUAUCCAAGAUCUAUUUUACAAAUUUGGCAAAGUAACGUUCGUAGAUCUGAAAAAUAGAAAAGGACCACCAUUCGCCUUCGUUGAGUUUGAAGAUCCCAGGGACGCUGAUGACGCCGUGCGCGCCCGCGACGGCUACGACUACGACGGGUACCGGCUGCGCGUGGAGUUCCCGCGCGGCGGCGGCGGCGGCGGCGGGCGCGGCGGCCGCGGCGGGCCCGAGCGCUUCGGGGCGCGCACGGCCACGCGCGGGCCGCCCGCGCGCCGCUCCGAGUACCGCGUGCUGGUCACGGGCCUGCCGCCCUCCGGCUCGUGGCAGGACCUCAAGGACCACAUGCGCGAGGCGGGCGACGUCUGCUUCGCCGACACCUUCAAGGACGGCACCGGCGUCGUCGAGUUCCUGCGCCACGAGGACAUGAAGUACGCUGUCAAGAAGCUCGACGAUUCUAGAUUUAGAAGUCAUGAGGGAGAAGUAUCCUACAUCCGCGUGAAGGAGGACUACGGUGGCGGCGGCGGAGGUGGCGCUGACCGCUACAGCGGCGAUCGUGACAGGUCCCGCUCGUACUCCCCGCGGCGGCGCGGCUCGCCCACGUACUCGCCGGUGCGGCGCAGCUACUCGCGCUCGCGCAGCCGCUCGCGCUCGCACAACUACUGAGCACAGGUCGGUAUCGCCCCCUCUGAUCCCCGACACCAGCCAUCGCAUAUCCAUUCUGUACCGCGGCAGGCCGACCUGCUUGCUACUCGCUAUGCAGACUUGACCAAUUUAUAUUGACGUCACUGACAGGUAGUUUUGAAAUUAUGAUCUCUAUGGAUAUUAUUGCAUUCCAUUAUUUGCUCAAAUGAAAUGUGUACAUAAAUAAAUGUAAGUUUAUAAAUAACAAAGACAAUAAUAUCACAAAUACAAGAGCAAGUUAUAAUUGUUGUUAACUAACAAAUAGACUAGUUUGUUACCCCUACUGUCUUGAGAAUGUUACAUGAGCUAGAGAUAUAUUUACAGUACUUGUGGAGGGAUUCACUGGAUAUAGCAGUUGACUGCUAAUUGAGAAUAACACUGGACUUACUCAGGACUUAGUUUUGAACAUAUCACUGGACAUACUCAGGAUUUGAGCAGGUUUGCAGGAUUGUUUGCAACAUUUAAAAUUUGUUUGCUACAAGUUGAUUUGGCUUCCAUUUUAAUUUGAUCGUUUUAUGGGAAAAUUACUUUAAUUCAAAUAAGUUAUGUUCUCUCAUUAACUAUCCUAGACAGAGGGUUUUAUAAAAACGCUCGACAGAUUUAUUAUUUAUUGAAUUCUAAUGUACCUACUAUUGUUUUGUUUUUAUUAUUUUUUCAUUUUGUAUAUCUUAUAAUCUAAUUUCCUCAAAAGACUAUCUGGAUUUGGUAAGAUUUCGCUCUAUCAUUGGAUUUGGUAAGAAACCUUGCCAAGACUCGCUGUCCCUAUCGUCAAUACCAGCACAAAAGCUAUGUUACUGGAGCGUCCAUACACUCGUCUUUACCGAGCCCCACGCCCGCACUGUACGUGACGCUUGCUUCGUUUUAGGUUGCGUUUUAAUGGCUAGUUCUAUUUGCCCAAUAAGCAUUUUGGUUCACGCUUCUUUAUUCAUCCAGUGUAAUAAAAUAUUGUGUAGAUGAUGUAAGACCUCUGCAUGAAUGCACAUACCGUUUAAAUUAAACAUUAUUGAACCAAAAUGUUAUCAUCCAGGCAAUAACUAAUGAAUCGUAAAUAAAAGCGUAACCUAAAAGCCAUGAUAUUGAAGUGUUGGUGAGUGCAUGCGGAGCGGGUGCAGGUCGGUAGGGCGAGUGGGCGGAGUGGGACUGAGGCCUUGUGUUCCACAGCGGGCGCGGCGGACGGAGAGCGCGCCGGGCUGGCCGGCCUGGCCGCCCGCUGGCCUCGCCGGGCUGGCCGGUAGUACUGUAGCAGGCCUCGGGGGCGGGCGGGCAAUGCGUCUAUUAGAUAAUAAAUUCAAUACGAUGACUGUUUAUAAUUAAAAGCAUUUUCUUUUGUUUCAUCCACUGUGGAUUGGGCUCGUUGGAUGUGCUUGGCUGGAGGUGUGAGUCAGGAUGCCGUAUAGAGGCCUCGCGUGUAGGAUCGGAUCGGACCGGACCGCACCGGCGGAUCUCUGGCGGACAUUUGAAUAUUUGUCGCGUGGAUGUAAUGUUCCCUUUCGGAUGUUGGAUUUCGUAUUGGAUCGUUGACGAUCGGAGCGGCCCGGCGCGGUCGGCGCCACGCAAGCUCCGCGCUGGAUCAGGAUCAGGACCUUUGGGUAUGAAUAUUCAAAUUAAUUGCAAAAUAACUUAUGUUGAAUGCACGCUCGGUACAGAGUAUUAAUGUUUGUUUGGAUAUCCUUAACUCACACUUUAUUUGCUUCUCGAUGUCUGCCGUUUAUUUAUAUUAGGCAUAGGACGGCGAUUCUGUUACGAAUUAUGAGAGAAAUUUUAUAUUAGCUUUGCUCAUUAGUAUGUUAGACCUAACAUUUCUGUGUCAUAUAAAAAUAAUUAGCAUGCUUUAUGAGCUUUCAUACAACCUACCUGCGUGAGAGCGAUACGAGUCGUAUGUAUGGGAUUGGGUGACAGAGAAUGGAUGACGUUCUAAAAUUGACAUAUUAUGUAAGUAAUACAAAUUGUAAUUAUGGGAUGUGAUGUUUGUUAGGAACGCGGAAGUUAAUCACAAAUUGUAUUGUAAUGCGCGAGUCGACGCUCGAUAUCAUAGAUGUAAUGUGUGGAAAUAUUAUGUAAUUUAGAUACUGGAUUUGCAUUCCAAAGACCAACACAGUUUGAUGGACUUAAUAAAUUCCUUACAAAAGAA